UGAAAGCGACAGAAAACAAGAAGGAAUUUGCAGAGAAAAGUAUGGGUGAUUUUCAGAGGAACUAACCUGAAAUUGCGUCAGUAAUUUCCUCUGUGUGUUCAUUCCAAUUUCCAGUUCUUAUAUAAACCGAUCCAUUGUUCUUCAUCUUCUUCACACUUUCUUUUCAAAUUCGAUCCUCUUCUUCAGAAACUCUGUUUUUGUUCAGACGGAUCCGAUGACGAAUGGAAAGAGCGUAAUUCUCGACGUCUCUGGCUGGCUCAGGCUUUUCGACGACGGCUCCGUCGACCGGACCUGGACUGGACCGCCGGAGGUCAAGUUUGUGGCGGAGUCUGUGCCGCCUCACGACGACUUCAUCGAUGGAGUCGCCGUUCGCGACUUGGUGAUUGAUCGGGAGUCCGGUCUCCGUGUUCGGAUUUAUCUGCCGGAGGUAAAAUGCAGCGGCGGAGAGAAAUUGCCGGUUGUUGUUCAUUUUCACGGCGGUGGAUUUUGUAUUAGCGAAGCGGAUUGGUUUAUGUAUUAUCAUACUUAUACCGACGUCGUGAAAUCCGCCGAAGCAAUUUGUGUGUCUGUUUACCUUCGCCGAGCGCCAGAGCAUCGUCUUCCCGCGGCUGUCGACGACGGCUUCUCCGCUCUCAGGUGGUUGCAAUCGGUGGCUCUAGGUCACGAAAUCGAGCCUUGGAUUAUCGAAAAUGCGGAUUUCAAUCGCGUUUUCCUAAUCGGAGAUAGCUCUGGCGGAAAUCUUGUUCACUCUGUCGCUGCCCUAGCCGGAGAAGCCGAUCUCUCUCCAGUGAAACUCGCCGGUGGAAUUCCGAUUCAUCCUGGUUUCGUUCGGUCCGAACGAAGCAAGUCGGAGAUCGAGAAUCCACAAUCGCCGUUCUUGACUCUGGAUAUGGUAGACAAAUUUCUGAGCCUCGCACUACCGGAAGGGAGUACGAAGGAUCAUCCAAUUACAUGUCCAAUGGGAGCCAACGCGCAGCCGCUUGAAUCCCUAAAUCUGCCGCCAUUUCUUCUGUGCAUCGCGGAGAAGGAUCUGAUCAUCGACACCGAAAUGGAGUAUUACGAAGCAAUGAAGGCAGCAAAUAAAGAAGUAGAGAUUCUGAUGAGCAAAGGAAUGGGACAUAGCUUCUAUCUCAACAAGAUCGCCCUGAAAAUGGACCCCGAAACAGCUGCAGCAUCGGACCACCUCUUCGCCGGAAUCGCUCGCUUCAUCAAGCAGCAUUAACAACGUUUUCCAGUGAAUCUUUGGAUCCCUCCGCCGUGGACAGUGAAUGUUUAUCUAAACUUACUCUACCGUAAAAAAAAAACACAAGUCUAGUUCUUAUUUUCAUUAUCAUUCAGUAAAGUUAAUAAAAACUUUUCCCCUAAUUCAAAAC